AAAAUUUUCUCUUUGGCAGCAGCUACCUCCGGUGUCUACCUGUAUGGCAACAAGUAUGUGGAUCCCAAUGAUUUUGGAAUCAUUCGAGUGGGCAGAGCCAUUGCCACACCUGAGGAAGAAGUAAAAACAAGGAAGGGAAUGGAGGGUAAUUGUCUGUGAAGCAGAGGGAGCCUGUACCUUAUGGAGGAGCCUUCCAGCCCUCUGCAGCUCCUGGCUUUAACAGGGACAAGAAGGGCUGAAAAGCCAAGAGGCUUUUCCCACCCAGUUUCCAGCUUAAGGAACAGGAAACAGCUGAAACCUCAGCUCUACAGGGAGAGGACACAAGCUUGUUUGUGCUUGAUCCCUAGCCUAGAGGACGGACGGCUGUUAUAACCUAUGACUACCUCACUUCCCUCCGGGGUGUCCCGCAUGGAUCAGAGGAGUAUGACUAUGUCAAAUCACAGAUUUCCUAUAGUAUUGUGGUGUUCUUUUGAAUGAGGCUGGCAAAGGAAGCCCACUGUGGACAUCCUGAGACUUCUGCUCUUGUCACUGGGCUUAAGGUUCUUCUAUGGAGGUGCACCUUCGCUCUGCAGAACGCCUCCGGGACCUGUGCUGUGCCAACCGAGGCACUUUCAUCAAGGUGGGACAGCACCUAGGAGCACUAGACUACCUUCUGCCUGAAGAAUACACCCACACCCUCAAGGUGCUGCAUAGCCAGGCCCCACAGAGCAGCAUGCAAGAAAUCAAACAAGUGAUACAAGAGGAUCUGGGCAAAGAGGAUAGUUUUCCUUCAACCAUUUUACCAGGAAACCUGAUCUGGCACUUCAAUUUUCAGAGCGUGUUUUUGCUAGUGACAGAUACUGGCCUGACUGCCAGGAGACCAAAAGCCUCUAGAACAGAGAUUAAAGAGCUGUUUGUGAGUUUUGAGGACACUCCAUUGGGAGCAGCAUCCCUGGCCCAGGUCCACAAGGCAGUGCUGCAGGAUGGGAGGACAGUAGCAGUGAAAGUCCAGCACCCGAAGGUUCAGGCUCAAAGCUCCAAGGAUAUUUUGCUGAUGGAGGUUCUUCUCCUGAUUGUGAAGCAGAUCUUCCCAGACUUUGAGUUCAUGUGGCUGGUGGAAGAAGCUAAGAAGAAUUUGCCUCUAGAGCUAGACUUCCUCAACGAGGGCAGGAAUGCUGAACAGGUGGCUCACAUGCUCAAACAUUUUGACUUCCUGAAGGUCCCCAGGAUCUUCUGGGAGUUGUCGACAAGGCGUGUCCUCUUCAUGGAAUUCAUGGAAGGUGGGCAGGUGAAUGAUAGGGCCUACAUGGAGAGGAAUGGCAUUGAUGUUAAUGAGCUCUCUCGCAACCUGGGGAAGCUGUACAGCGAAAUGAUCUUUGUGAAUGGCUUUGUACACUGUGACCCACACCCAGGCAACGUGCUAGUGAAGAGAUGUCCAGUCACUGGCAAGGCCCAUAUCAUACUCCUGGACCAUGGGCUCUAUCAGGUCCUGACAGAGAAGUUCCGCUUGGACUAUUGCCGACUCUGGCAGUCCCUGAUCAAGGCAGAUAUGAAGCAGGUGCAGAAGUACAGCCGGCGCCUAGGGGCAGGUGAUCUCUACCCACUCUUCGCAUGCAUGCUCACUGCAAGGUCCUGGGCCUCAGUCAGCCAGGGCAUUGAUCGGUCCCCAGUCACAGCUAAUGAGGAUGUGGAAAUUCGGACCAAUGCUGCUGCUUACCUACCUCAGAUCACCCAGCUCCUCAACAAUGUCCCUCGCCAAAUGCUGCUGCUGCUGAAGACGAAUGAUUUGCUGAGGGGGAUUGAGUCAGCCUUACACACGAGGGCCAGUGCCAGCUCCUUCCUCAACAUGUCUCGCUGCUGCAUCAGAGCCAUCUCUAGGUACCAGAGGAGCAGGACUGACUCCCUUUACAGAAAAGCCCAGAUCUCUUUUACAGAAGCCCUGAGCCUGUGGCAGAUCAACUUGUAUGAACUCUACCUGUGGCUGAAGGGAUCCCAUCUGGGCAACUGGGUCAUCACUCUUCUGAGCUGGAUGCACCAUUCUCUGUACUGACAUGAACUUUGGGGAGGAGCCAGGAUGAUUAUCCCCUCAUCUCUGUCCUUCAGACCUGCCUUCCCGACCAUGUCUGUCUGUAACUCCCAGGAGCUCUUUCCUUAUAACAGAUCGUGCCAUCCUUUCCUGUCACAGCGUCAGCUUCUCUCCAGCAGUAAGAGAGGUGGGAGCGUGGAGGGGCUUGGGGGCCAGCACUGCAGCAUUCUGUCUGAGAUGUGGGAAGCAGUGGUAUGAUCCAUUGGGAAUGGCAGGAAGCCUGGGAGUGAGCCCUUAUAGGGAAGUCCUGUGGGUCCAAAUCGGAAAUUAGACCCUCUCUCAAGGUCUUUUUAAUAGCCACCCUAGAGAGUUUAAGAUUUACAUCCCUGCCAUUGAAUUCUCCAGGACACUUCACAGAGCUCCAGAGGGAGGAAAUAAUUCCUUUUAAAAUGCUGUGGGGUUUGAGAGUUGUUACAGAAUCCAAUCGAUCUCAUUGCUGUGAAACCAGACAGGUGUCUUCUCUAAGAGGAAAAAGAUCUCAUGGUUAGAGUUGGGGCCUGAAGCUCAGGACUCUUGAGUUUUAUUCCCAGCUUUAGGAGAGGAAAUGGCCUGAAUUGUGAGAGCAACAGUCUAGGAACCAAAAAAUCAGAUGUCUGUUCCUGUGGAGUUUGUCAUUUUGGACAAGUUUCUUAACUGCUCCUUACCUCAUUUUCCUGGAAAAUGAGGGUAAUGAUACUUGUUCCUCCCUGAAUACCCCAAGAGGAAUGUGCUGAGGGAUGCCAACCCUUAGCUCACAGCUCAUUGCCGAUGGUGUAUGCAUACUGUACUGUACUGUUGCACAGGAAAAUAAAGCAGGGUGUUACAUGAGA